AAAGUUAAUUGACAGUUCGAAAAAGUUUGGUUAUAUUAUUGUGAUUUCCUAUUUUUGGCCAAGCCCUAAUUUCGAAAAACCAAGGGCUUUAAACACCCACGAUGGAUCUAUUGGGUUCCAUUAUGAACUCUAUGGAGAAACCUCCAAGUUUGAGCGAAAAAGAACGCCAAUUGGUUAAAAAGAGAAAAGAGGAAAUCGAAAAACGACAAACAGCGGAAAAGGAGCGUCUAAAACGGUUUAAAGAGCGAGUCGAGUCGAAAUUAGCGUCGCACUUUAAAGACCCCAACAAUACGAUGCUGAAAUUUGAGCCAAUGGACCAAAUUUAUCGGAGCAUUGUCCACGAAGCUGCCGAAAGUGCGGGGUUAUUGUCGUACGCUUUUGGUAAUGAUGGGGUGGAUAGGUAUGUCAGGGUGUACAGGAAAGAAAAUGCUCCUUGUGAGGACGAGUUGGCGGCAAGGAGGCGAGGGGACCCCUGGAAUGAACAAAUCAGGCAGCAGUUGAUCGAAAAAAGAAAAAUGGAGAAGAUUGAAGAAGUUGCAGCUACUAAAAGAAAGCCGGAAAAGUUCACACCACACUCUAAUUAUAGGGACAAAUACGCGCAUUUGAUUGGACAGGAAGCCGCCCUAGAGGCGGCCAAGAAAACCGAGACUAAUAAGAGCUAUGGCUUUGUGCCUAGCGAAAAUAAAAAGGACGUCAGGUCAAUUGAGCAAACAAUGGCCGACAUCAGGGCCAAAAAGCGCCUUAAAACCAGCCAUGAAACACCAUCUGAAUAGUUAAUUGUAUUUAUUAGGCAAUAUUUAUUGUAACAUUUACCACAUUAUAAAAACUCUGAUGAA